GAAAGUGGUUCAGAGAGUGGGUCGGAAAGUGGAUCUGAAAGUGGAUCUGAAAGCGACGAAUACGCCAGACGGGAGCAGAUCCGUCGCUCCAUCAAUGCCACCAGUUUCAACAUCAGCAUGUUUGACAUCCAGAACCCCGACAACACGUUAACCCAGUUGUUGCUAUACUUGGAGCACCAGACGGUGGAGGUCAUUAGCACGAUCCAGAAUUUGUUAUCUGCGAUCAAGUUACCUGAUAGCACGCGCGGCAACCUCCGUAUUGGCGCUGGGGCCAUCAGCAGCGUUAUUUUGCAGAUGACGGAAGCUACGAACAACUCUAUGAACCAGACCCGUAACGCGCAGUUGAAGGAGCAUGGCACGUGGGUGGUAAAGAACUUGGAGGACUGUGGUCACCGGAUGAAUGUGUUGUGUGCGCCAAAUGCCUCGGCCCAAUCCGAUGCCGACUACGCAGACAAGAACUACAAACAGAGGUUAGCGGGAAUUGCAUUUGACGUGGCCAAAUGCACCAAGGAGCUCGUCAAGACCGUCGAAGAGGCCAGUAUCAAAGAGGAGAUCGAACAGAUUGAUGCCAAGUUGAAAAACGGGCAUUCCAUG